CAAAACACGCGGAUCGUAAAAUUCGUUGGUAGUUUACAAAUUGUUCUUUUUAUUCCAAUGGCCGAGAUUCUUGAGGAAUUCGAUCAGCCAUCUCCUUUACCAGUAGUAUUUUGCCAAAAAAUUCCACUUGAAGAAUAUGAUCAGCACUCAGCAAAAACUACGCGGGCUGCACUGCAAGAAUUGAUGAAUCAUCUUGAUUCAAACCCGGACGAAUAUUAUAAGAUCGUGCGACGAAAGAAAGCUGACAAUCUAAAGUUGCUGCAGUUCAUGAAAGUAAAGGUGAUGAACAAACUGCAAGAUGGUUACUUGGAGAAAUACUUUCCCCCUGAACAGUGUCAGGAAGACCUCGAAAAUUUAAAGCAUGAAAUGGCUUCCGCUUAUGACUAUGCUCAAGAUGGCAAGAAAACAGGUGUCAGGUUCUCUAGAAGGCUGGCAGAAAAAAGAAAACUCAAAGAUCCUAUAGCCUCAAGCACCCCAAGAAGACCAGCACCGAGUGCACCUCCACCCCCUCCACCCCCUCCACCACCACCACCUCCCCCUAUCAUUAACAUGUCUACAACUUCACAAGAGUUGAUUUCUCCAGUGACUCUAAACAUUCCUGUCAGGGUAAAACAAUCAGAUUUCCCUGAAACACCUUCGGGAACUUUUAGUCAUGAAAGAAGACUGUUGCAGGCAAUAAGGAAUGUCUCACCAAGGAGAAAACUGCGGGACAAAGCCUCUGAGCAGACCAAGCCUGCAUCAUCAGAAUUGAAAGAAAAUAAUGUCAAUAACAAUGCAAGCAUACAGUCAAUGAAAACUUCAGUGAUAGAGCAGAAGGAUAUUGCAGCUGCCAGAGAUAGCUUAAAAGCUACAAGAAGUUCCUCAGAUGAUUCUCCCUAUCAGCUAUCCAGGGCAAGAAGGAGGGAAAGUAACAGUGCACAGGAGGAAAAUUAUUCUUUGUUCAACAUGGAACUGAUAAAGAAAUUUCAUAAUGCACGUAGUCCAUCAAGCAGUCCAUCUGGAAAUAUUACAGUGGCUGACUCUGGCUUUGAGAGUCCUUAACCCUUUAACUCUAUGACAUGAUUGACAUAUAACUUCUCCUUACAAUAUCCCUACAUAAUACAGCAAACAGGUAGUGAGAAUGCUCAAACUUAUCAGGUUAAAAUAGGCCAAUUUACAGUUGUGUAGUUAGUUGCCAAGCCUUUGAUUUGGAGUGAGGCUGAAGGUGAUCUUGUUGUGAUAGAGACCAGUAUCUAGUUAGCAUGAUAACAAAGAAAUUUGCAUUUGAAAAGCAGCAAGGUUUUUAUCAUAACAAGGUCAACCUUAGCCUCACUCUUGUUCAAAGGCUUGGCGACCAAGCACAGAACUGUAAAAUGGACUAUUGUCAUCCUCAUCCAACACCAAAUUCAUGUAACAAAUUUACAUUGAAAUGUGUAGCAGCUAGAGGGGAGAAUUAAUGAUCAGAUCUAGGUAGUUAAAGAGUUAAAGUACAGACCUAGAUUAGCCACUCUUAAUUCCAUGGAAAUACCUUGUGCACAUUGUCCAAUGAAAAAAAAAACCUGGAAGGAAAUGCUGGAUUCAGAAAAGGUUUUCUAUGAGUAACUAUAAGUGCCAAACAAUACUGUUAUUGUUUUUCUCCUGUGCUACUCUCUUUUGUCUAAACCUUCAGUUCACAAUAUGUUAUUCUCUCUCUUUUGAACACAUUUUGAUUCUAUCUUUCAAAUUAGAGGGUGGGCUAGUGUAGAUUUUAGGGACUUGAUAUUUUUUACUGAGAUCUCACCAACCUUACUAGUAAUUUUUUUGCCCAGUCACCCACCUCUCUCCACUAUGACAUACAUUGCAACACUCUAGGGUUUACAGAGUUAUAAAGUAAAAUGAGAGAGAACAAAAUUCUGCUGAUAACAAGAAAAUCAGCCAAAGUAGAAAUUUUAACAGAGGUAAAGGAAUCUGGAUCCCUUGACGAAAGACCAACUAUGUGGUAAAUGAACUUAGUAUUAUAUUUGAGGGUAUUAAUUGGGUUAAAUUUUAGUGCUACUAAUGAUUAACUAUUUUUGUUGUUAAUAGUUAAUGUGGGAAGAAACAAUAACAAUAGGGGAAUGCACUCUUGAGUAAGUAAUAUUUCAAAGAUUAUGCACAAGGGAUGUAAAACACGGUAAAAUUGCAAUUUAUUAAAAAAAAAAAAAAAACACGCUUAAAGAUUACAAAUCAAGAAGUGAAUUAGAAAGCUCAUUCUAAGAAAAGUUUACUUCCUUGGAUUGUUUACGUUAUGGUUCGAGCUUUAAUUAUUUUUUAAUAGCAUACACCACUUCAUGUCAACAAUGCAACAAAGUGAUAAUUUUAUAACAUGUUAAGUUACCUGUAGAUUAAGGAUCUCACCUGAAUAACAUUGAAUUGAAAUAUCAGUAU